AUGGCCAGUCAAGGAGGCCUUACACGACGGCGCGGUGCAGGAGGAGGCGGCGGUGCGGGAGGUGCUGAGGAUGACACAGCCAGUCGCGUUGCAUCACCAACAACCAAACCCAACUACACAGAUCGGACACCUGAGACAGCGUACGAGGCCAGCGAGAAUGGCCACAAGAUCGCAUACGACCCCAGAGAUAUCUCUGAGAAUGCCGAGCGGUCGAAACAGCCCAAGUUGACGUUGAUGGAGGAUGUGCUGCUGCUGGGUUUGAAGGAUAAACAGGGCUAUCUGUCAUUUUGGAACGACAACAUAUCGUACGCACUACGAGGCUGCAUCGUCAUCGAGCUGGCCCUGCGCGGCCGGAUAAGUAUGCAGAACGAUUCAGCCCGACGACGAUUUCCGCUCGCCGACAGGACGAUCGAGGUGAUAGAUGACACCUUGACUGGCGAGGUCCUCCUCGAUGAAACACUGAAGAUGAUGAAGUCGAGCGAGAAGAUGAGCGUGAGCUCGUGGAUAGAUUUGCUGAGCGGCGAGACGUGGAAUCUUAUGAAAAUCGGCUACCAGCUCAAACAAGUCCGCGAGCGCCUCGCCAAAGGCCUCGUGGAUAAAGGCAUCCUCCGCACCGAGAAGAAGAACUUCCUUCUCUUCGACAUGCCCACACAUCCCGUGGUCGACACCGCAGCAAAAGACGAGAUCCGCAAGCGUGUGCAAAGAGUGUGCUCCCAGCGGACAGUCGUGCUCCCGGCUUCACAGUUCCUGCCGCAAGAGAUGGACUUCCGAUACCUGCGGACGAUAAGCAUGGUGUGUGCCGCGUAUGCGGCCAAUGUGCUGGAAAACGCGCUGGUUACGAUGACGCAUGAGUCGAGGGAGAGGGCUUUUGCGCAGGUUGAUGAGCUGCUCGCCGAGUACAGCCAGUGGCCGUUCGGUAAGCGUGCUGGUGGGCAGCAGGGGAUUGGGGCGAAUAUUGGGCAGGCGAUUACGGAGGAGGUUGAAAAUAACAAGGACAAGGAGUUGCAGAUUGAGGUCGUCGCUGCUUGCCUGAGCGUUUUCACACGGCUGGACUCACUUCUAUGA